ACUGAUUGGCAGCAUUGAUAGGUGGCACUGAUUGGCAUUGAUAGGUGGCACUGACUGGCACUGAUGGGUGACAUUGAAAGGCAGCUCAGAUGGGCACUGAUAUGUGGCAUUGAUAUGCACUGAUAUUUGGCAUUGAUGUGGCACUGAUGGGCACUGGCACGUGGCACUGAUGAGCACUGACUGCUGGCACUGAUGGACACUGACAGGUGGCACUUUUGGGGCCACACUGAUCAUCAGGGCACACUGAUCAUCAGUGCCCUGAUGAUCACUGAUCACAUGACCGAGCUGACAUCUUCGGCUCUUUUCGUGAUCCGCUGUGUCCGAGGGACACAGCGCACCGGC